AUGGCAGCAGUAUGUUCAGGUGUAUCAACAUCCUCCUCCACUCCAAUUAAUUGUGGAAAUGAUAAUUUAUUUAAAGAAGAAAAUAAUUUGACAACAAAUAAUUCUUCCACCGGAAAUGCUUUACAAAAUUUACUUACUGCUGGAAUUUUGCCUUUAGCUAAUUUAACUGCUCAACAAAUUUUAGCAAAUGCUUUGAAAGGAGGAGGAACAACAGGAGGGGGAGGUGGUGGGGCAGGAGGAGGAGAAUCUACAAGUUCAUGCAAUAAUAAUUAA